CAAGAAAAAUACUUGCAAUAAUUUGUGUCCAUCAUUUCACCGUCUUAUGCACACGUACAUAUCUUGGAUACUCUCAAAUGGCCAUAUGUAAGCCGUUCAGCAUGGAAAAUGAAUUUACAUUGCUUCAAUACGUCAGAUAAUGAAAUCAAAAUCCAAGAAAAAGUUGCACCAUAAGAAAAAAUUACAUCAAGACGAACUCGAUCCAACCUCAACCGUCGACCUCAACACCGAGCACUCUGAUACUUCCCGGUCCCCAUCCGAAGAACCCACGUCAGACCCCGGAAAGCCCUCAACUAAGCGUCACCCAGUAGGGAAAAAACAUCAUAAAAAGGGAUCCAAGAAGAAAAAGAAGCUGGGAAGUUUGGAAACUUCAGACCAACCACAAAACGACUUAGAAACCCCAAAUAAUUUAACGUUGGACGACAAACCUUCCACAUUAGCCCUUCCCCCUCAUAACAAAGGAUUAAAAACCUCCAAGUUAGAUCUUAGAAGAGUGUCCCCGGAAGAAGUCCUGAUAAAUAUGGAGCCCUCCAAUACUCGGCUUGGUGUCCCUGGUACUAAAGCAAAUGCAGAAGGGACCGGCGGCACCUCUGCAAAAACGAACGCUACUCAAGGUGGCGAAACUGGAAAGCCUACCGUUUCAGUAACUGAAGAUGACACGUCCCCCAAAGUGGAAGAUUCUGACGAGGAUGACGACGACUCUGAUGAUGGAUCGGAUGUUUACGAAUAUUUAGAAGUACAUCACGAAGCUCCAUUCAUACCGAAAAAGAAACAACUUAUACUCUGGACGGGGAUCUGGACGCUUUUAUUCGCAAUGUUCGCCAUCUUUUUCACGAUAGGAUGGUAUCUAUCUUAUGGUUGGGGUCCGCCUCCAAGCGCCCGAGGUAUUGGAGCGCACAAGAGUCCUAGCACCACGAAGGCGCCGACAACGAAGGGCAAGCACAAACAUACAGGUCAUUAAUAAAUAGUUGGAUUGUCGUAGUG